UCCUACUGCAAUCGAGUGAGCGCAAUGCUCUUGGAGCCCGAGGGCGCUGCCCGCUUGCGAAGUGCCGCCGCCGUGCCCGCCGUCUCCGGCUUGGGCACUCUGUCCCGCACAGAGACACACAGGGGCUGGUGACUGGCCUGAAGCUGGCAGCAUGGAGCCCCUCUUUCCAGCUUCCACGCCCAGCUGGAAUGCCUCGGCUGCUUCCAGUGGUAACCGUAACUGGUCCCUGGUGGGCCCAGUAUCAUCGAUGGGAGCUCCGGGGAUACUAGUGCCUGUGCUCUACUUACUGGUGUGCACGGUGGGGCUGGGGGGAAACACACUGGUCAUCUAUGUGGUGCUGCGGCAUGCCAAGAUGAAGACAGUUACGAACGUAUACAUCCUGAACCUGGCCGUGGCCGACGUAUUGUUUAUGUUGGGGCUUCCCUUCCUGGCUACACAGAACGCCAUCUCCUACUGGCCCUUUGGCUCCUUCCUAUGCCGCCUGGUCAUGACGCUGGAUGGCAUCAACCAGUUCACCAGCAUCUUCUGCCUCACCGUCAUGAGCGUGGACCGCUACCUGGCCGUGGUGCACCCCACACGCUCGGCCCGCUGGCGCACGGCACCCGUGGCCCGCACAGUCAGUGCGGCGGUCUGGGUGGCCUCGGCUGUGGUGGUGUUGCCUGUGGUCGUCUUCUCAGGCGUGCCCCGGGGCAUGAGCACAUGCCACAUGCAAUGGCCAGAGCCAGCGGCUGCUUGGCGAGCAGCCUUCAUCAUCUACACGGCUGCACUGGGCUUCUUUGGGCCCCUGCUGGUCAUCUGUCUGUGCUACCUGCUCAUUGUGGUGAAGGUGAAGGCCGCCGGUGUACGCGUGGGCUCCUCCCGGCGACGGCGCUCAGAGCGCAAGGUGACUCGUAUGGUGGUGGUGGUGGUGCUGGUGUUCGUGGGCUGCUGGCUGCCUUUCUUCAUUGUCAACAUCGUCAACCUGGCCUUCACGCUGCCUGAGGAGCCCGUCUCCGCUGGCCUCUACUUCUUCGUGGUGGUCUUGUCUUACGCCAACAGCUGUGCCAACCCCCUGCUCUAUGGCUUUCUCUCUGAUAACUUCCGCCAGAGCUUCCGGAAGGUUCUGUGCCUGCGUAGAGGAUACGGGAUGGAGGAUGCAGAUGUCGUAGAACCACAGCCGGACAAGAGUGGGCGGCCGCAGGCCACACUGCCCACACGCAGCUGUGAGGCCAACGGACUCAUGCAGACCAGCAGGCUUUGAGUGCCCCGCCCCGGAGCACCCUGGUCCUGCCAGGCCUCUCUGAUGUCGCCCUCUGGGAUGUGAGUGUGCCGACAUACUCUUGUGCCCAGUCUGCAAGCUGGACUCCUCUUGGUAGCAGUGUGAAGGCAGCUGCCUGGGGCUAAGCCAAGGGUGGGCAGCACAGUUGGGGUCCUGGGUGCCUGACCAUCUCUUCCACCAAAAUGUUCUGCCAGGCCAGGGUCUGAGAGUUUGGAGAUCGCGAGAUGGGCUUGGCGGGGAGCAAGGGCUCAGGUUUGCCCCCUGGAAAUAUUCAGGCACCUUCACCGGCGCUGUGGCGCAGCUGUCAGCCUCUCGGGCCAAGAGGCAGUUUUCCAGGAGGCAGCCACGAGAUGCUCGUGUAAACUGUUGGUCUGUGUCGGUGACUGCCCACCCUGGAGCUGUGCUGGGAUGCUGGCCCCCGGCCACUGCUCCAUCCAUGUUCUGCUUACACGGAAGCCAAAGGAGAGGUAACCACGUGUGCUCGGCCCCAGCCUCUGCUCACAGAGCUCCUAGGCCCCUGUGAUCUUGCAGCUGCGUGUACUUCGAGGCAACAGUUGAGGAAAAGCCGCACCGGCCCCGGGACAAAGGAGAUAAAACCCUGGGGGCCUAUUCUGGCCUUUCCCCAUCUUUCUCCAGCGUGAGGAAAGUGAGGCCGUGGGCUCCGCGGUGGGAAUGGGUGUGCGGGGCCGACAGGUGGUGAAGAGCAGGAAGAUGAGUGAAUAAACACACAUGGCAAAGAGUGGACAGAGGAACAGACUCCCCGGGAUCUGGUCUGUACAGAGUGGCCCCUGAGGGUGACCCUGGGGAAAGACUCUACAGAGGCUUCCCUGAGGUUCAGAGACUGUGAGGACACACAGGGGACUUAAUCGCCCUCCUUCUCCUUAAGGCAGAAUGCUAGGCCCUGUUCUUGGAGAGGGAGCAGGGGGAGCAGGUAGCAACGGGCACUGCUCCCAGUGCAAACAGCACAGCCUGGAGAGACCUACGUGUGCGCGUGCAAAUGCCAGUGCCAGUGAGGGCCGAGGCCCUGGGGAGCCUGCGGUCCCUCCCCAGGCUCCUCCAGCAGCUUCUCCACUCCGGCCCCAGAAUGCCCUCAAAGAGCCCCCACGUCCGCAUUUUUACUGGGGUCCCCAGGGCACCCUUGGGCCUUUCUGAAGCUGGAGAAAGAAGUUAAUCCAAUUAGUCUCCUGCUCUGGGCCGCCCUGCCUGGCAAUGCCUGGCUCCCUAGGAGGGUGUAGAGGCCAGGCCAGGAGGACAGGGCAGAGGAAGGCUGUGGGAGCUGCUGGGUCUCCAAUGGGACCCCUCCCGAGACAGAUGCCAAGCCUGGAAGGCACCUGUGUCCGACAACC